AUGGGCCAGAAGUCUUCACCAGGUAUCCUCUUUGAUCCCGUGGAGCAUCUGGCUUUUUCAAAGUCGAAGAUCCCCCGCUCGACAAAUGUGCACAGCUUUCAUUUGGACCCCACGCUUAACUCCCUGGAACUUGUUGGCGAAGGCUCAUUUCCACUGUUCUCCCGCGAAUGUGUGGAUUUGUUGCGUCAGGAGGUUGAGCAGUAUUCUCAAGUUGUGCUUGACAAGGAACCUGAGAACGCUUUCACUUCUCCCAAACUAAGAGACUGCGAACAACUUCUUCCGUUCGUGUACCAGGCAUGGACCCAUCCUGCCACAGUUCAUGCGAUCAGUGUGAUUUCUGGCUUUGACAUGAAACUGUGUCUUGACUACGAAAUAGCGCAUUUUUGUCGUUCUCGCAAUUGCAGCCAGGUUCUGGUCCGUCAAAAAAGCGUGGCAUAUCCUUACAUUUGUGUCAUGGGCUUGAAUUCCACCGAUAUGCAGUCAUCAGGGUAUGCCACCGUGCUGAAGGGAAGGCUUUCGGAAAACCUGGCAACAAAACAGCCCCAGGAAAAAGACUCCCUAACGGUGGUGCUGUGUGCAACGUUGCAACCAGAAAAUGUUAUAUGCUACGAAGACACAAUUUUCUUGGAGAAAUGCUCGCUUCCCAAGGCGCAGAAGCUCAUCAGUGACAAGGAAAUGGUGCCAGUGUCGAAUUAUGCCGACUUUAAAGAUUUCGGAGUCUAUCAGUCCUGGCUCAACGACUAUUAUGAUAAAGAAAACCACGCAAACAGCAUUAAUAAAUAA